AUGGAGUCUAUCCUAGACGACUGGCAAGCCAAAGUCGCCAGGAAGCAAGGCGUGGUUCGCAGCAAAGUACCUCAGGAGUGGCGGAUUCCCGAAUCAGUCACUAGUCAGUUACAGUAUCCUCUCGAGGAACAUGCCAACCGGCUGAUUGAGCUGGAUGUUGUCCGCAAGACCGGCAUAUUGACAGACCGGGAAUACAACAUCACCGAGAAUUACACCGUUGCGGAACUGCUCGAAAGCCUUCAAUCUGGAGAUCUCUCCGCAUCUGAAGUCACAUUGGCAUUCUCAAAGAGAGCCUCGAUAGCAGGUCAGCUGACGAACUGUCUCACCGAGACAUACUUCGACGAGGCCAUGGAGCGAGCGAAAGCCUUGGAUGAAAUGCGGGCUCAAGGAGAGCUUGCAGGACCCCUACAUGGCCUGCCCGUCUCGCUCAAAGACUCCUUCCGAAUCACCGGUUCGGAAGCCACCAUAGGCUAUGUGUCGUAUUUGGGAGAGAAAGCUGAGAAAGAUUCACCUUUGGUCGAGAUCCUCCUCGAGCAAGGUGCAAUCAUCUUCGUCAAGACAAAUAUCCCCAUGACGUUGAUGACCGCCGACUCCCACAACAACAUUUUCGGACGGACUCUGAAUCCACACAACACUGCCCUUACUGCUGGAGGCUCAAGUGGUGGUGAAGGUGCUCUCGUUGCCUUUCGAGGAUCUCCUGUUGGAGUGGGUACUGACGUUGCAGGCUCCAUACGAAUCCCGAGCUUGUGCAACGGGACGUACGGAUUCAAGCCCACAGCCGAUCGAGUGAGCUAUGGAGGCCAAGCAGCGCCAGUGGAUCCAGGAGCUGGUGGGAUUGUCGCGGCCGCCGGCCCGAUAGCAAAUGACUUGGAGGGCAUUCAGCUUUGGACAAAGGCGGUUAUCCACGCAGAGCCAGCAAGGUACGACUCUUCGGCUCUCGACAUUCCGUGGAGGGACAUCCAGUCCAAGGACAAGAUGAGAUUUGGCUUGCUCGAAGCGGAUCCGAGAUAUCCGUUGCAGCCACCGAUCCAGAGAGCACUGCGGGAGACUGUUCGCUUGCUCGAGUGUCAAGGUCAUGAAGUGGUGACUCUGCCUGCAACUGAGACACGCCUUGAUCAGGCUGUCGAGAUCGCCUUCGCAAUGUUUGGACUGAUGUCAGAUGGAGGCGUUCGCAUCAAGGCUAGUGGUGAGCCUCCAGUGCCUUCGGUUGUUGCGGCUCUGGCCUUGCUUGAAGGUCUGCACCGUGACCAUAUUAGCGACAUCGUCACCUUGGAUGGCUUGAAGAAACUCGCAGCGCUCACAGUAAAGCGAAGCGCCUAUCAAGACGCCUGGAGACGUCUCUGGAAUAAAUACGAAAUCGAUGCCGUGAUUGGACCGGCCGCACAACACACGGCAGUCCCACACGACAAGUUUCAAGUUCCGGCAUACACGACGCUAUUGAAUUGCCUAGACUAUCCAGCAUGCAUCAUACCAUUCGGCAAGGCCGACAAGACGACGGACAACCAGUCUUUCGAAGUCGGCCCGAACCAAUUGUGUGCGCAGUACGAACCCGACCUGAUGAACGGAGCACCUUGCGUUGUGCAGGUCUUUACCAAGCGCAUGCGUGAUGAAGAAUGCCUUGCAGCCGCCAGCGUUGUCGAUGCAUGUAUCAACACAGAUCGGUAG